CAGACCCAAAAGGCGUUGUGUAACAUUGGCGAUGUCUCAAGUACAGAUGUUUCUGAAGAUGAAAUGUGUGAAACUAAUGCAUCCCGACCAGAACAAUCAUCAGGAUCAGAUUCUAAUACGAUGCCUAAUGGACUACAAGAAUCUACAUCCGUAUCAUCUCAAGUGCCAUUGCCUGAUAUCCCACAAGUCCUGAGUGAAAUAAUAGAGGAGGACAAGACUACGCCAUGAUUUCGUAAACGUAGUAUGAAUGUGUAUAAACAAGCUAAGUAUUUGUAUGUAGUUCUGAAUAUGCUCUUGGUGGAAUUAUUACAAUAUGAUGUAUGACGACACCAUUUUCGAACCGUCAGUCACACGCGUACGAGUAAAUUAUAUUUUAUCAGAAAAAUUAAGUAGAUUUAGAACAAACUAAUGAAAUACAAGCAAAACAAUUGUCUACUUAAUUAA